AUGUACAAUCAGCUGACACCACAGCUAACAAAAUUCGAGUGCAACCUUAGCCCAGUGUACUGAAGAGGGAAGACGCCUACGGGGGCCAUCAAUCUCUGGACAGCAGCAAGGACAGACAGCAUGAGCACAGCUGGAAAAGUAAUCAAGUGCAAAGCUGCUGUGCUAUGGGAGCCUCACAAGCCCUUCUCCAUCGAGGACAUAGAAGUCGCACCCCCCAAGGCCCAUGAAGUUCGCAUUAAGAUGGUGGCCACGGGCGUCUGCCGUUCAGAUGAUCAUGUGGUUAGUGGAAGCUUGGUUACACCUCUUCCUGCAGUUUUAGGCCAUGAGGGAGCCGGUAUUGUGGAAAGCGUUGGAGAAGGGGUGACUUCUGUAAAACCAGGUACAGAAUCCUUUACCCUCGGGGCUUGUGUUUUAAUUCUAACACCCAAAAACAACUUGUGUAUAAAAAAUGAUUUGGUACAACCUCGGGGGACUCUACUGGAUGGCACCAGCAGGUUCACCUGCAAGGGGAAGCCAAUCCACAACUUCGUCAGCACCAGCACUUUCUCCCAGUACACUGUGGUAGAUGAGAUAGCAGUGGCUAAAAUCGACGGAGCUUCACCACUCGAGAAAGUCUGCCUCAUCGGCUGCGGGUUCUCAACUGGCUAUGGCUCUGCUGUCAAAGUUGCCAAGGUGACCCCAGGCUCCACCUGUGCUGUCUUUGGCCUUGGAGGUGUCGGUCUGUCUGCCAUCAUUGGCUGUAAAUCAGCUGGAGCAGCCAGGCUUCCUGCUCUGGACAUCAACAAAGACAAGUUUGCAAAGGCCAAACAAUUGGGUGCAACCGAGUGCAUCAACCCUCAAGACUACAACAAACCCAUUGAGGAAGUACUCCAGGAAAUGACGGAUGGAGGGGUGGACUUUUCCUUUGAAGUAAUCGGUCGACUGGACACCAUGAAUUCUUCCCUGUUGAGCUGCCAUGCAGCAUGUGGAGUAAGUGUCAUUGUCGGGGUGCCUCCUAAUGCCCACAAACUCUCCGUGAACCGCAUGUUGCUGUUGCUGGGUCGCACCUGGAAAGGAGCAAUAUUUGGUGGGUUUAAGAGUAAAGAUGCCGUCCCCAAGCUUGUGGCUGAUUUUAUGGCCAAGAAGUUUCCACUGGAACCAUUAAUUACCCAUGUUUUACCUUUUGAGAAAAUAAAUGAAGGAUUUGAUCUGCUUCGUGCUGGAAAGAGUAUCCGUACUGUCCUGACGUUCUGAGACCACACUGAUGCCUUCCUCCUGAUGACUCCACCGCACUGAAUCACGGCACCAGUCACACCACAAAAUUAAUUAUGUCCCUUAAAGGAACUGCCAAUAAAGUACUCAUGCAAGGAGAAA